CAUCUACUUAACAAUGCAUAAUAGCAGCAGGACUUGACACGGCCGGCGCACUUCGUAAGAGUGUCCGUUUGAUACAGAGGCCGUGCUCACACAUGUACAGUCGAAGGCUACCAGCUUGCGGCAUUGCAAAGGCAGCUACUCUUCUCAUUAGAGAUUUGGUUAGACUGUCUUUGCACUAUUGGUAUUAUUCCCUAUUACCAUUACCACGAUACCGCAAAUAGCAUGAAUCCGGAACUCCAAACCGCCUACGCCAUAUUAAUCCUUCUUCCUAAAAUCCUCCUCAUUCUCCCAAGCCUUACUCCCCGGAGCCAACACCAAAACAGAUCGAUCGCCCCUCGCAGUAAGCAGAUGCAGCUCGAACUCCAGCAAUCCGAACAGAACAAUACGCCCCAAGCAGCAGAAAGUAAGCGACAUGUGUCCUCCCUGGGGACAUAUUUCGCCAUACAAAACCCUCCAAGAGAUCACAUCCACGUAAACGGCAUGAGUAACCACACCCAAAGGCAGUUUCACGGAAGAGUUCCGCGUACAUGUCGAGCAUAAGUCCGCAGAGCUUGGAAAACCGAGUUAAUCCGUCUUUUAAUCGGAUAGGAAAGGUGUGCGCCCUCGGGACAGCA